GGAUCCCGCAUGGGUGCUGGAAUGCGGGAGGAGCUGUGGAUAUUCUCCUUGAACUUUCUUCUGGGAUGUACGAUGUCUCAGGAGGGACUGUUUCGGUGAGCGUGCAAGGGGUCGCAUGUGCCCCUCUUCCCUCCUCUUCUUCCUCCUCCUCCUCCUCCUCCUCUUCGGCACUUCUCUUCCGCCUCCCCCUCUUCUUCCUUAUCCUCUCGACCCCUCGGACCCCGCCGAUCCCUGUCGAUCCCCCGGCGGUCGGCUGGGAGGUGCACGCCGGGCUUGGCAGGUCGCUCCGCGGCGCGGCAUGGCACGCGCUGUGGCCGUGGGCGGGGCCGCCGUGAACUGGCGGCUGCCUGCAGACGGCCCGACGACUUCGGGCCAGACCCGUGGCGGCGGCGGCGGCCCGGCGCGCGCUGCUGGGCGCGCCCGGCGGAGGCGGCCGAGGACGACGGCGCUCGGCGGGGCCCCGCGGGGAACGGCGCUGGCCGGCCGAAGGAACGAACCACGUACGUGGUGCUCGCCCAUAUCUGCACGGUGAUCCGUGGGUUCGUUGGCCAUCUUCUGCGGCCACCUCGUCUGGGGGCCCUGGCGACCGCCCAGGAGGUGCGGCGGAGUGCUGCGGCGCGCUCCUCGCCGACGCGCGUGGGGCUGCAGCAGCCACGCGUGGCUGCAGUCCACCGCUGCGCGAGAGCCUGCGCAGAGGGCGGCGGCCGCCGGCGACCGCGCCGCCGGCGCCGCCUGCGCCUGCACGCUGCCGCUCCCGCACUUUCCGCUCGCCUCCGCUCGCACUCCCCUCGGGUGCUGCCAGAAGUGCCCCCCUGGCCCAAGGUGCCCC